AUGUCAAGACGUCAUGAGGAUUUUGAUGAACUUUGUGAUCCAGACAAUCCACAAAUUAUUAAAUAUGAAGACGUAUUAGAAGCUUCAAAACGAAUCAAAAACUUCAUAAAACCAACUCCUUGCACGCCGUCGCACUUCCAGCGCGAGAGUGGUAUCAACAUAUUCUACAAAUUAGAAACAAUUCAAAAAACUGGAAGUUUUAAGGAACGAGGAGCUAUCAAUGCUUUAACAUUAUUACCUAAGGAUAAUCAAAAAAUCGGUGUUGUGGUAGCUUCGUUGGGUAAUCAUGCUAUGGGAAUAUGCUAUUACGGUCAAAAGCUGGGAAUACCUGUCACUGUGAUUAUGCCUACUUGCGUACCAGCCAUCAAGUUGCAGUUAUGCCAAAAUCUUGGCGCGAAAGUUAUUGUUCAAGGUAGCAAUUUAGUCGACGCGCAAAAAUAUGCUAGAGGUUACGCCAAGGAUAAAGGCAUUUCUUACAUAAAGCGCGAUUAUCCGAACAUCUUAUGCGGUUAUGGGACAGUAGCUCUUGAAAUAUUGGAUCAAAUGCCGAAUAUGGACGCGAUAAUAGUACCUGUAGGUAGCGGUGGACUAGUGGCAGCAGUGGCAAGCGUCGUGAAACACGUGAAACCGGAAUGCCUAGUUUACGGCGUACAAUCCGAAAGACUUCCAACGUUUUACAAGUCUUUAGAAGCAGGGGAACCCAUAACCCUGCCUUAUGAACCUUCAAUAGCAGAAGCCAUAGCCAUGCCAUACGUUGGUGUUAAUGCAUUCAGAAACGCUCAAAAUCUGAUGGAUAAAAUGCUAUUAGUAAAAGAAGAUUGGAUAGCUCGAGCCAUUUUACACUUGGUUGAAAAUGAACGCUUCGUUGUAGAGGGAGCUGGUGCAUCUCCUCUGGCCGCUAUUCUUGGAAAUCUUGUUCCAGAAUUGAAAACUAAAAAUGUUGUUUGCAUUCUAAGCGGGGGUAAUAUUGACGCAAUUUUGCUUGGCCGCAGCUUGGACAGAGGUCUUGCAGCUGAAGGGCGACUUAUUAAAUUUAAAGUUCUGAUUAAGGAUUUUGCAAGUGCGUACGAACAGUUUAUGUUGUUACUAGCACAAGGUGGUUACAAUUUGAUUCGUCAGUUUCAAGAUCGCAUUUGGGUUGAGAAUGAAAUAUACAGAGUUGAGAUAAAAGCGGUGUGUGAAACAAGAGGAUUGAAUCAUGCUUUGGAAUUGAAAAGAAUUGUGGAGAGGGCUUAUCCAAAUGCUUGUUCGUUCGAAACUGAACCCUUUAAUGAUGACAGAACCUGCCCAUGCCAUGCUAAAAGUCUUAAACCAAAAUAAAUUAUUACUCAACAGACAAGGCCUUGUAAGAAAAAAAUUCAAACAUAUUUUUUAUUACAUCACAUACAAUAUUUUAACAUUCUGUUAUGCAUCUGAAAUGGGUUACAUUUAUAAAAUAUGGAUGAAACUUAACAAUAACAUAGGAAUUUGAAUAUG